UUUUGUUCCCAGGCAGCCAGGCAGUCAGUCAGUGGGAAGUUUCCCCUAGAGGCGGCCGCAGAUUGCUCAGAGCCUUCCUGGGACCCUAAGCCGGGCGGUCGGACAAAGGGGGCUGCGGGGCGCGGAGGGGGCUUAUUAUCUAGGAAUGUGAGGUGACCUUGUUGUGACCUUGCAGGAGGCACAGAGACGCGCAGACAAUCGCAGGCGGAGGGAGGUGGUGCUGCCCCGGUGCCAGUGUGAGCCAUGCUGGUGGGUGACACAGCUGGGAACCCCCCCGCAGCCCGGCGGCCCGUUGCUAUGGGAGACUGACCCAGACUGCGCUCUGCCCGCUCCUUCUCCCUGCCCGCCGGUGUGUUCCUUUGGGUGCUGCUCCCCCAGCCCGGGGGUCUCAGUGAGGAUUUACAAUGGGGCUGCCCACCCUGGAGUUCAGUGAUUCCUACCUGGACAGCCCAGACUUUCGGGAGAGGCUCAAAUGCCACGAAAUCGAGCUGGAUCGGACCAAUAAGUUCAUUAAGGAGCUGAUCAAGGACGGCAACAUGCUGAUCGCAGCGCUCAGAAAUUUGUCUAUGGCUGUGCAGAAGUUCUCCCAUUCGCUACAAGACUUUCAGUUUGAAUGUAUUGGAGAUGCAGAAACAGAUGAUGAAAUCAAUAUCGCUCAGUCGCUGAAGGAAUUUGCCCGCUUGCUGAUAACGGUGGAAGAGGAAAGAAGGAGGCUGAUCCAGAAUGCCAACGAUGUCCUAAUAUUGCCACUUGAAAAGUUUCGGAAGGAACAGAUAGGUGCUGCCAAAGAAGGAAAGAAGAAGUUCGAUAAGGAGAGUGAGAAAUAUUAUUCUAUUCUUGAGAAGCACUUGAACUUGUCAUCCAAGAAAAAAGAAUCUCUUCUACAGGAGGCCGAUACGCUGAUAGACCGGGAUCAUCAGAACUUUUCAGACGCGUCGCUGGAAUAUAUAUUUAAAGUGCAAGAGGUCCAAGAAAAGAAGAAGUUUGAGUUUGUUGAACCUCUCCUGGCGUUCCUCCAAGGCCUCUUUACCUUCUACCAUGAGGGAUACGAGCUGGCUCGAGAAUUUACGCCGUACAAGGAGCAGCUGCAGUUCAAUUUACAGAACACGCGGAAUAACUUUGAAAGCACUCGGCAGGAGAUGGAGCGGUUAAUGCAGAGGAUGAAACCUGCAGACCAAGAUUACAGACCACCAAGUCAGUGGACAAUGGAAGGCUAUCUGUAUGUACAGGAGAAAAGGCCCCUUGGGUUCACGUGGAUUCGGCACUACUGCACGUAUGACAAAGGAAGCAAAACAUUUACCAUGAGCGUCUCUGAAACCAAAUCUGGGGGAAAGGUGAACGGACUUAUUUCUAACUCGGCGGAAAUGUUUAAGCUAAAAACCUGCAUACGGCGGAAAACGGAUUCCAUAGACAAGCGAUUCUGUUUUGACAUCGAAGUCAUUGAGAGGCAGGGCAUCAUUACUCUUCAGGCUUUGUCUGAGGGCAACCGCAAACAGUGGCUGGAAGCAAUGGACGGAAAAGAACCAAUCUACACACUUCCGGCAAUAAUCAGCAAAAAAGAAGAAAUGUUCCUGAAUGAAGCUGGCUUCAACUUUGUGAAAAAAUGUAUCCAUUCAGUGGAGACUCGAGGUAUCACUAUUUUGGGACUUUACAGAAUUGGAGGAGUUAACUCUAAAGUGCAGAAGUUUAUGAACUCGGUGUUCUCACCUAAAGCCCCUCCGGAUAUGGAUAUUGACUUGGACCUGUGGGAUAAUAAAACCAUAACGAGUGCACUAAAGAACUACCUCAGAUGUCUGUCGGAACCUCUGAUGACCUACAAGUUGCACAAGGACUUUAUACUUGCAGUCAAAUCAGAUGAUCAGAACUACAGGGUACAAGCAGUCCAUGCCCUUGUCCAUAAGUUGCCUCAAAAGAACCGUGAGAUGCUGGACAUCUUAAUCAAGCACCUUGUCAAGGUCUCCAUGCACAGCCAACAAAACCUAAUGACCAUCUCUAAUCUUGGCGUCAUCUUUGGGCCAACUUUGAUGAGAGCGCAGGAAGAAACCGUAGCCGCAAUGAUUAAUAUCAAGUUCCAGAAUAUAGUGGUGGAAAUUCUAAUUGAGCACUAUGAAAAGAUAUUUCACACAGCGCCAGAUCCCAAUAUCCCACUUCCACAGGCACAGCCACGAUCCAUUUCAAGAAGAACUAGAGCCAUCUGCCUUUCAACUGGACCAAAGAAACCCAAAGGGAGAUAUACACCUUGCUUGGCCGAUCCUGACAGUGAUUCCUACAGCAGCAGCCCAUCCAGCACCCCCAUGGGAAGCAUCGAAUCCCUGUCUUCCCAUUCGUCAGAGCAAAACAGCACAACAAAAUCAUUGUCAUUGCCUCAAAGGGAUAAGAAAGGAGUUGGGAUUCCAUGGGUGACCUCUACACCCUCAUCUAAUGGCCAAAAAGGUUCUAGCCUUUGGACUACAAGUCCUGAGUCAAGCUCCAAAGAAGAUACAACAAAAACAGAUGUGGAAUCAGAUUGUCAGAGUGUUUCCUCCGUCACCAGUCCUGGAAAUGCCUCCCCUCCCAUUGACCUGACCAAAAAAAGCCUUUAUGGAUUGUCCGGGCUUAAACGUUCCCAAGCCCCCUCCCUUCGAUCCUUAUCUUCUACUGAAGCUAUUGGCAUAAAAAGUCGAAGCCCGUCUACACAGAGUCUGACCUCUCUGGACCUGCAGGAUGUUCCGAAGGUUCAUCCAGAACUGCCUCCAAAAAUCAUGAGAAGACGACUGGACACAGGUUCAAGCAACGGCUACCAAAGGCCAGGAUCAGUAGUCGCCGCAAAGGCUCAGCUGUUCGAAAACGCCGGAUCCCUGAAGCAGUCAUCUACUGGCCGGCAAGCGAAAGCCAUGUAUUCCUGUAAAGCAGAGCACAGCCAUGAACUUUCCUUCCCCCAGGGGGCGCUGUUUACUAAUGUGUAUCGAUCCGUGGAACCGGGCUGGCUGAAAGCAACCUAUGAAGGCAAAACGGGAUUAAUUCCAGAAAACUAUGUCGUCUACCUGUAACAAUGCCCGAAGGCAUCCGUAUUUUCAUGGUAUCCAUGGUGACUUAUGAAAAACUACAUUUUUAUCUGACACAGAUAUAGUGACCGGGCCAACGGCGGAGCGCCGGCAGCGGCCUAUGGCUUCCAUUGGGACACUUUGUGCGAGUGAAAGACUGAUACAUUGCUCUGUGCCUCUGUGCCAAUGGAAACGCAUUGCAAGUAGGGUGUGAAAAGCAUUGCCAGUGGUUACUUAUAUAUAUGGGAGCCGCGGGCAAAUGGGGUUACCUGCAAUAAAGGCCAUGGCAUGUAUAAAGUGGUACAGAUUGUAAGUUAUAUAUAUAUAUAUAUAUAUACUAAUAUUUGACACAAUUUAUAUAAAGGUAUAGAGAUAAAGGCACAGAACGUAUCUCUCUGCUCAUAAUGUAAUCUUUCUAUUAAUAAAUAGGCAAUUGUAUUAAGAACUGGAGGGAAUCCAUUUGGGCUUAGAUGAGCAUCACUUGGGGAGAGUUGUGGUACCACUCACAGGUUUAUAGGCAACAGGACUAUACCACUUAGAUCCCUAGGGAACUACACUGAUUUUCUAAGUUAGGCUUUAUUUGUCUGUUUAAUAGCCAAAGUUUCCCCACAGGUCUUCUAAACAGGCCCCUCUUCCCAACUGCACCAAAGACACCCCCCAGAACAGACUUGCUCCCCCUUACCUGUGCUGAGAACACAGACCUGCACAGUGGGGUUGGCAGCCACCAGCGGCUAAGUUACAUAAAAGUCACCGGAUCCUCUCUUCUGCUCUUUAGUGGCCAUCACCAACCAGGAGCACAGGCGUUUGAAGCAAGGGACGUAAUCAACUUCAAGUGCCCAAUCUCCUGGUCAGUCAGCACCACAGAUGUUACAAUCCCUGGCAAUUACCCAGCUGAAUAUUAGACGCUCAGUGUUCCUACUUUAAUCAUUUGUACAGCCCCACUGUGCCUUUCUACUGCCUUUCUGGCGUGGGUUGCCACAUAUUUCUGUCAAUUAUACCAGUCAUCAGGUUGGGGCUGGGUCAUGACAUCAUUUAGGGGCAGGUCUAUGAUUUAUUGCCCCUAAGAGUUUGUUAUGAAAUCAUCACUUUUUAGCUUAAGUUAUUUAAUAUGAGGAAGAAAACAAGGACCAAUGGAAACUAAAUAUGCUCUGUAAUUGAGUUGGCCUCCUGCUGGCUGGGAGGUGGAACGGCACGUACGGUUUGCUGAGCUAAUAAAUACCUCUUAUUCAUUGCAGAGCAUCAUUAACACAAUUGUUAGGGUAGUGCUUAGUCUUUAGUUGCUAAAGUACCAUAUUUAAGGAAACCUGUUAUUUUAGCUGGAGGUUUGUAUGUGUAAGUCAGACUCGCCAGCAUACGUGAGGAAUAAAAA